AUGGCAAACCCGGCCAAUACCCAGAAUACCCAAGGUACCUCAGCCACCGGUGCCACCUUCGGGCAAGCUUCCCAGGAUCCUACUCAAUCACAGAUGGGCCCGCCUCUCGUACCAGUACGAGCUUGCCUCUCCAACCGCCGAGAGAGCAUGCUUCUGGCAGCCCAUCCGUCAUCCCAGCCAUCAGUAUCAGCUAGCGGCGACCUAGAGCCCAUGACUGCUACACGCGAGAUUGUCGGCAUCGAAAUCAACGACGUCCUGCUCGAAUACCUCAAAGAUUCUAACUACGUUUACCUCCGUUAUACCGUUGACACCGAGUGGUUCGAAUUACAAGAGGAUCCCGAACCUGACGAGCACAGCAAUGCCUUUUACUCCCUUAGCACAGGCCGAAUCCGCACUGAUGGCAACAUCACCCACAACAUCAACGACUUCACUGUCACUAACUCUAGUAACCUCCAGAAGAACGUGAAGGAUCGUCCCGACUUCUGGUGGCGAUUUAUUGUCUCUACGCUAGUCUCCCUACGCAACUGCACUGACGCCAUCAAUAGGCAUCUGCAGACUGUGGACCGCAAUGAAGGAGAGACUCAAGCUCUACGAGACCGACUAGCGAAUGUUGAAGCAGCCCUUGAUGAAACUUCGAACAGUAAACAACUACAAGUUGGCAUGGUUAGCAGCAACCUGUACAAGGAGAAGCUGACAGAGAUCCGACGCCUCACCUCGGACAUCGGAAAGCUCAAAGCUGCGUCAGAACAACUCCCCAACGUUCGCGAUGACCCCGCCUUCAAAGCCCUCGCCGCUGAGCGCGACCUUGCCGCCACCGAACGCAAUGAACUCAAGCAGAAGGUUGAGGACCUAUCCCGCCGAGCCGAUGAACCGGAGAGCGGUCCUAACUACGCAGAGUUGGCACAGAAGCUCAAGGAGGAGUCUGACAGCGCCGACUGGUGGGCAGACCAAGCUAAGGCCAACGCUGAGCUCUGCGACAAGUUCAAAGGACAAGCUGAUCGCUAUUCUAUCGAGCUUAACCAGUAUGAUGUCAAGUACUCUAACAUGGAGGCGAACAAGAACGAAGCUCUCGCCCUUAAGGAUAAGGCUUACGAUGAGCUCAACCUCCAGCUCACCGAGGCUAGACACGUUCAAGGGCAAGGUCGACGACGACUACGAGCGGUGGCGCGAGAUGGCAGUGGCCAAGUGUCGCACAUACCCAGAGGACUGGCAAGCGGUUGA